AUGGGAAAAAGAACGACGGUCAUCGUUAAGAAGCGUCCGAACGAGAUGGCGAUACCGCAGCCCGCUGCCGCAUCGAAAUUUGACACUAUAAGCACCCCUCUGAAGCUGGAUAGUGGGCCGAGGCAUCGAUAUACCCGCAAGAAGGAACGGGUUUCUGAAGUCGAGAGACAAGGUGUGCGGAAGAAGCUGAAGAUCGCAUCCGUAGCUAGUAAUGAGGACGCGGAUAACGGAAAAGCUCUGGUGGUUUUCGAACCCAAGGGUCCAGAAUCAGCGGGUGCCGGAGGGGAGGAGUCGUGGGCUAAAGCUUCGGACAAUUCUCAUAAAUCGACAGCCGAAGGCUCGGAAAGGACGGCUCGAAGAACGUCGAGAGUGGAUGCGAAGGAUGUGAAGAAGGAGCCGCGGGAGGUCACGAGGCGCAAGGACAGGGAGCUGCGCAAGCUGCACUCGUUUACGUUGCUUAAAAGGAGUGAGUUUACAGCGGAGAUGGAGGAAUUGUCGGGAAGGGGAAACGACACAGCGAGGAUUACCCGCGCUUCGAGAAGGAAGGCUGUUGCCUGGAGGGGAGGUGGAGGCGCAGGUGGAGGCGCAGGUGGAGGAGGGGGAAGCGGUGAAGGGGGAGGAUUUGAGUCGACUCUAAAGUCCUCGUGGGGUCACUUGAAGUGGAAAAUGGUGCUGGCGGAGGACAUGGACGAAGCGGAGGUAGCGGAGGAAGCGGGGGUAGCGGAGGAAGCGGAGGUAGCGGAGGAAGCGGAGGUAGCGGAGGAAGCGGAGGUAGCGGAGGACAUGGAGGAAGCGGAGGAAGCGGAGGAAGUGAAGGAGGAGGGGGCCGUGAAAGGGGAGGGGGGGGUUUGGGGUCAGAUGGAGUCGAAAGUGGUGUGGGGAAAUGCGGCAGAGGACGCGGAGGAUGUGGAGGAAGUGGGGGAAGCGGAGGAAUUGGGGGAAGCGGAGGAUGUGGGGGAAGUUGAGGAAGCGGAGGAAGUGGGGGAAGUUGAGGAAGAGGAGGAAGUGGGGGAAGUGGGGGAAGCGGAGGAAGCGGAGGAAGUGAAAGAAACGGAGGAGGUGGAGGAGGUGAAGGAGGUGGGGGAUGUGCAGCGGGCAGGUGGUCAAGGCGGUCUCUAUGUGGCCGAAGAGGCGGUAGAGUUGGUAAAAGUGGAGGAGGCGGAGGAAGUGGAGGAGGUGAAGGAGAUGGGGGAUGUGCAGCGGGCAGGUUUCACAAUGGGUUACCAUGAGGCACCACAAAACGCGGCGGUGCUAGAAGCGGCGGAGGUAGAGGAAAUGAGGGAGGUAGAUGAAGUGAGGGAGGUAGAGGAAAUGAGGGAGGUAGAGGAGGUGAAAGAGGCAAAGGAAGUGGCGGAGGUGGCGGAGGUGGCGGAGGUGAGGGAGGUGGCGGAGGUAAAGGAGGUGGGGGAGGUAAAGGAAGUGGGGGAGGUAAAGGAGGUGGGGGAGGUAAAGGAGGUGGGGGAAGUAGGGGAGGUGGAAGAGGCAAAGGAAGUGAAGGAGGUAGGGGAAGUGGGGGAGGCGGAGCGGGCAGUUGGCGAAGGCGGUCUCUAUGCGGCGGAAGAGGUGGUAGAGUCGGCGAAGGCGGAGGAGGCGGAGAAAUUGGCGGAAGGAGUUGGCGAGGGGUCAGGCGCUGCAGGGAAGGUGGAGCGGCAGCAAAUGUCGGUAGUGAGGAAGGGAGCGGGGGAAAGGGGGCGGGGACGGGGAGGGGGGCGGGGACCGGGACGGGGCAAGAGCCCGAGCCUGCAGGGGGAGGCAGCUUGGGCGGGGAAGGUAGGGGGGGCGGAGGAACUGGGGGAGAUGGGGAGGGUGAAGGAGGAGCGGGAGGGAGGAAAGUUAGCGGAGGGGGAGGGGGGAAAGACGAAGGGGAUGGAUUGGGGAAAGAAAACUGUGGCGGAGGAAAUGGAAAAUACAGGAGAGGCAGGAGCGCUAAAGUGCGAGGUUGUGGAUUUGACUGAAGAGGAGGAGGGGAGCGAGGAGAGGGAGGGGGGCGAGGAAAGGGUUGGGGGUGAGGAAAGGGUUGGGGGAGAGGAGAGGGUUGGGGGCGGGGAGGAAGGGAGCAAGGAGAAAAAAGCGUGCGGGGAUGAAGAGAUAGUGGUGGGGGUGGGGUUGUAUACAGAGGUGGAAGAGAAAGAGGGUAUGGAGGUGAAAGGGGGGAACACCAGUGCCGUGGGUGUGGAGGAGUUGGAAGUGGUUGGGGGGCAGGUGAAGGAGGAGCAGCGGAAAAAGGCAGCACAGGGGAAACAGUGUGAGAAGGGAGGGAAGGUUAAGCAGUGUGAGCGAGGAGGGCAGGGCAGGGUUACCAGGUUACUGCGUAACAGCACGGUGCUGAAGAGAGUGGAAGCGGAGCAAGGCGGUGGGCGGCACAAUGGGUGGCACAGUGGGCGGCACAGUGGGCGGCAGCAGCAGAAGGAGAUGGAAGGGGGAGGAGAGCAGGAAGUGGUGGGAGAAGGGGAGGGGGAAGGAGGGGCUGAGGAAGAAGCGGAGUGGUGCAUGGGGAAGAAUGCCGCAGAGGCAGAGAAUAAACCAAUGAGGAAGGAUAAGCCUUCUGGUUCCGCUGGUUCUGCUAGCAAAGUUGGCGACACGCAUGAGGAGAAGGGACAGGAAUCUGCUGCGGAAGAGUCUGGGGCGGCUGGAACUGGGGAGGAGGCUGCAGGAGGGAGUGGGAGGAAGAAUGCGCGGAAGGGUGGGGGUAUUGGGGGGAGGACGAGGGGGCGUGGGGCGAAGGGAGAGGGAAAGAGUGAGGGGAGUGGGGUUAAGGUAGGGGGGAGUGGGGCAAGUAAGGGAAGCAGAAGGAGGGCAGUGGGGGGGAGUAAAGGAGGAGAGGUAGGAGGGGAAGGAGGAGGCGAGUUGGGAGGGGAAGGGGGAGGAAACAUGGGAGGGAAAGGAGUAGGAAAUGGAGCAGGAGGAGAGGAGAGUGACCAAGUGGGAAGAGAGGAGAGGGAAGGGUUGGGGGAGAGCGAAGGCAUGGGGGGAGGAGAGGAGAGCGAAAAGAGCGAGGGCAUGACAGGGGAGGCGGGAGGGAGGAGAGGGAGGAGGAGGCGGAACGCAGGAGGGAGGAGGAGGCGGAACGCGUACAUUGCAGAACUUGUGGAGGCGGAGAGGAGAGAGGGGAUGCACACGGGAGAGGACGAGUAUGAGGACUUGGAUGGGUUUAUUGUGUUUGAGAAGGACAAGUACGAGCGCGGCGAGUAUGUGUUUGCUGUUGCUGUGGCGUGGCGAGAGGCUGCUGAAGGCUGGAGGCACGCUGGAGAAGAGUUGAUCCCAGAAGAUGAAUAG